UCAGCGAUCAGCUGCGGGGGGACAAUGGCGACCGCGUCCGAGGCGGAGCGUGCGGUGCUGCACGAAGAGUUCCAGUGGCUGUUGAGAGAGGAGGUCCAUUCCGUGCUCAGUCACCUGCAGGACAUUUUGAAGGAGGGAUGUAAGCGGUUUGUGUUGCCAGGUAGGGAGGAAGACUGCCAUGUGAAACAAGAAAACUUUAUCCUCGGCAGCUCCACAUCUGAUGCAGUAAAGGGUGUGCUGACUCUUAAUGGAGAUACUCUAUGUCAGGCGGAUCUACACAUAAAGCUUUUGAAGGCAAACCAGAUACUACACACAGUAUUCAGAGAAGAUAAGCAGUGGAAAAUGCAACAGGUGCAGGAUGCUGGAAAUCACCUUCAUCAGGCAUACCGGCUCGUCAACAGCAAGGACCAAAGCUACCAGUUCAAGACGGGCACUGAAGUAAACAAGCUGAUGGAUGCGGUGAUGCUGCAGCUGAACCGUGCCCGCAACCGCCUAGCAACACCAGCCGCUAUGACCCUGCCAGACCUCGCAAAUGGCAGUGCUGCCUGUAUGUUCAACCCUGCACUGCCGCAGGAUCUGCUGGUUAAUUUCUACAUUCAUCACAACAAGCUCUGCCUGGUGCUCUACCAAGUGCACACUCUGCAGCCAAAUGCAAACAAGAAUUUCAAGCCAUCAGGAGGCUCGGUCUGUCAUGCUCCUGGCUCCAUGUUCGAAUUCAUGGGGCAGAAGUAUGAGGUUAUCCAGACCCACAAGGUAGAGAGUGUUGUGCCAUGGCUGGGAGAUGGACUCCUGUUUCUCACUCUUGCCCUGCAGCUGUGUCAGCAACUUAAAGAUAAGGUUUCUGUCUUCUCAAACUACUGGACGCAGAUGCCACACUGAGCCCUGUUUGCAUGCCCUUGUCCAUGGAAAUUAGUGAAAUAAAAGCAAUGAUUCAUGAUUUUUUUGGGCAGAAUUGGGUUUGUAUUAUUGGACCACUAUAAAAUAUUACUUGGACGUAAUCAAGACAGUUGUAUUUAUACUACUUCGGUUUUUCCAGUUGUGUUGUAUCGGUCUGCGAUAUGCUUUGCAUUGUACGACGUGUUUUCAGAAACAUGUCCGACGUUUCAAUCCACAUGCUGGGAGCGCAUUAAUUAAGUGUAGGACCCAACACAUUGAACGAAACAUAUAACUGAAAAACACUUGAGAACAACACAGCUAAUCCUUUAAGUUAUGUAUAUUCUUUGGAUAAACCCACUGGUGUGUUGAGUGAACGUUUGUGAGAACAUCACAUGUUCCAAAAUGUGUACAUUUUAAUUUCGUUAAUUCGUCAGAAUGUGCUUUAAAAUAACAAUCUCCUAAAAUAAUAGUGCUCGACUUGUGUAAUUGUUGUAAACAUGUAUGUCAUGUCAUUUUGAUUUACGGUAUUAAAAAUAAAAUGCACUUUAA